AUGGCUUGUUAUGUUGCGCAUGCGCUAAGAUCGUGUAUCCUAGCAACGCAGGCUGAAGCCCUCGAUGAAUUUAAAAUAUGGACACGCUGUGUCGUAAAAGAAGUUUUAGACGCACAUAGCGUCAAARUAUCUUUUAUCGGCUKGGGAAGCAAGUGGGAUCGCGUUGUUACACAACACGAAAUCAGAGCUGUUUCGGAGAUUYGAAAACGACACAUCAAGAAUACUUCUUACAAGAUCCCACAGAUUACCAAAAUCGUAGGUGAUGAUGAGCUAUGGCUAGGCGAGAAUCUCGUGACGAUCAYUGAAGUUGACCCGAUMAACGAUAAACUACUGGCAAAAAUGAAGGAUGAUGAACACGUUUGGUGGCCAAUUGAUGAGUUCACAGAAGAASCACCAGAAAAGCCGAAAACCAAAAAGAUACGAUUGGACACCACGARACCAGCAACUAYGAAACCAGCAACUACGGAACCAGCARCUACGAAACCAGCAGUUCCUUACACUCACGAUGUACUCCAUGYUGAUUCUUGUCGGGAGGACUCUUUAUUAGAUUUUUCUGUUUAUAUUCGAGAARACGGUUUUGUUUUGAAAGUAGGGAGCGUUUGUUUUGUUGAUUCUUUUUCACAUCCAGUUGUUUUAAGUCGUAUUUUUAAACAAAGUGUCAAUGGUAAAGUUUUUGUUUCUCUUAUUAGAUGUCAAUUUGAAGGUCAGAAAGUCGUUUCUUUGGUUCGCAAUUUUAUUUUAACAGUUGAGUGUUCGUUUUUACUAUGUUUGUGUCCAAGUAGUGAGUAUAGUUUUUCCGGCAUUUCUCAAUCGAUUGCUAACAUUAUUUUUCAAUGUCAGUCACGUGUUUGUAAGUGUCAGGAACAAAACUUUGGAAAUGUUUCCUAUCAGAGAGAACUCCGUCGCCAUGCAUUGGGGGCUCAAAUACGCCAAGCUGUCUGUAGUGGUAUUUCCUUGAAUGCUACUAGGCCGGCUCAGCCAGUCAGUCUUGGSGUAUUUGAACCUUUCCAUGACAUGGCAACGUUUGGUCUUUCUGAAGGAAACAAUUUUAAAGUUUUGUUCAGCAUUUUUGGCGGGUUUAGUUUACUAGAUAAGUUAUGUGGGAAGGGUUGGGAUGUUAAGCCUUUACGUUCAGAUGUUUCAGAUUGCCAGUUCGUUAGAUCGGCCAGCAUAUAUCUAGAUAAGAAGAACUUUUCACUUAAGUUUUAUUUUUCAUUUAGUGAGGCACCUUUCUGUCUUAAUUUAGACCAAUAUAGGGAUAAGUGUUGUCAGUUUUUAGGCAACAAGUCAUAA